UUGAGCAUAAUCCUUACCUUUCAGAACCAGGCACGAUUCAGUCUCGAGGAAGCGAUAGAAGUACUAUUAUGGGUUGAAAACGUUACUGGACUGCCGUAUGCAAAUGAUCCGAGCAAAUGUCAAUCAGCCGCCGAUGUAGCAGAGCUUCUCAAAGAUGGUGUCCAUCUAUGCAAAUUGAUCAACAGACUCCUUGAUAAUGGUAGCCGAGCGCCGUUCAAUCCGAAACCGCGAAUGCCCUUCCAAAAGAUGGAAAACAUCUCAAAUUUCCUAGAAGCCUGUAAAGCAUACGGAGUUGCAGAGAUCAGCUGCUUUCAAACCGUAGAUCUAUAUGAGAAUAAACAGUGCUAUAAAGUUAUAGAAUGCCUACGUUCCCUUGCCGCUGUGGCCCAAGCCCGUGGAGCCGACGUGGAAUUUCCACCUUGGGUAGUUCGACUAUCUCACAGUCGUCCCCGACAGUUCCCGGAGUCAGUGAUGCGACGAGGUGAAAUGGUCAUCCCUCUGCAGUACGGAACAAACAAAUGUGCCAGCCAGAAGGGAAUGACACCGUAUGGACUAGCUCGUCAAAUAAAACCU